AUGGCCUAUGCAAAAUCACUCAGUGGUCUCACCACUCGCGAAGAAAUUGUUGAUGUAGUUUAUCGUGUCUGUUUGGCUCUUGACAGCAACGACAAAGCUCUUUGGGAGUCAGCUUGGGCUAGAAGCCCCGAUAUUACUUUGGACAUAGGUGGGAAUGUCAGCACGGGUCUAGAAAAAAUCAAUGCGGGCUUCGAUAGUAUUGGCCCCAUGGAUACUCAGCAUCUGGUCUCAAGUGUUCGCGUGGACGUUAAAGACGGGUCUGACAAAGCUCAUGUUACCGCUAACGCUUUGGCUCAGCACUUCCGUGCAGGUCAAGGCCAAGUGCCCAAUGCUGACCACUUGCUCGUGGGGUCCACCUAUGAUAUACAGAUCGUCAAGCAAGCUGACGGAGCAUGGAAGCUAAAAACUUGGGUUCUCAAGGUUACAUGGACCGAGGGCACUUGGGAUGUCAUGCCGCAAUCUUAG